CACAACAGAACAGCGAAAUGGUGCAGCCAAUGCAAAAUUCGCGCGGUGCGCUGAAAAUUUUGCAUAAAUUUCUGAAGUAUAUGUAUAUAUAUGUGUGUGCGUGUGUGUAUGCGCGCGGGUAUAUGUGAGACCAAAUUGUGUGUGUGCGCGAGUGUGUGUAUAGAAAAAAUCCAUCUCUUGGCUACGCAUUUCACCCCUCAGAGCUGGUGUUGCUGCUGCCGCUGCCGCAGUCGCUGCGCUUGGCACUGGCCAUUUAUUAGACAUCUUCAGGGUCAUUGCUGAGCAAAACUGCAGCAGUUGAGCGCCGCUGGGGACAAUGCAGCGCCCCGUCGCAUACCUCUCGGCAGCCGCCUCCUCGCACUGAACACCCCUAAUGACGCCCACGUAAUGCAGCGCUUGCCUACCGCAAACCACCGCCGCUGACCCGUUUUUUGCACAUUCAUUGAUCUUCCUGCCUCUUCUUGUGUAUCUGUUGUCUGUCGCGCGUUCGCGUACAGGUUAAACCGGCUAAGCGGAAUGUGAACGACCCUUAAAAACCAUAUUUUGGCAAGGGAGCUGUUAUGCAAGUGCAGUUGCACACACACGCACCGAAAGUGAAAUUGCAAAUGCGUCCAAAAAAAAUGUGUGCGUGCCAAAAUGCGUGUUUCUCUGCAUCACCGUGCAUUGGGUUCGUUUUGGAUCAGGUCACACUGUGGCGCUUGUUUUUUGUUGUUUAUUGCGCUCUCCUUCGCGCUUUUUUUCUUUGUUUAUAUUAUGCAUACACUUUGUUUUGAUUAUGUAUUGUUAUUGGUUCUGCGACUGUUGAUGUGCGUAUGAUUAUUAAAUAAUUAAAUUGUAAAGUUUUUAAAGUGUAUGUGGAUACAUGCUCAUGUAUCUACAAGUUUGCCAUUUAUUUAAGCCAUUAAUCAAAGACGUUCCCCAUACAAUCUGUCUUAUCUACACACCCACAUUCACUCGCCAUAACGUAAACAUCAAAUAAUGCAAUUAGAUUUUCCUUAGAUUUUAAUUUACCGCUUUUGUUGCCAUAGUUCAUAAAUCGUAAGAUAGCUAUGUAUGUAUGUACAGUGAAGUUCACUUAAAUGAAUUUUGCAAAAAAUUAAAUUACAUUUUCCAAACUCAUAAAUACUCGUAUGUACGGACACUCUUAUAACUCUCCGCAUACAUAGCCGAAGCCUUAUGUCUAAGAGAGCUUUAAGUAUUCGGCACGCCAAAGAUGUCCCUUCUUGCUUGUUAUCGCCGGAAAAGAUUAUCCGCUUCAGCUUUUUGUACCAGAUAUAGUAGUGCACGGUUCCUCAAAAUCAUACGCUGUACGUUAGCAAAGCUUUUACUGUAUCCCAAAAUAAUUUCAUUGAAUCCCUAGCGAUACUCUUUGCUAUGCUUCUGCUGCUGUUGUUGUUUUUGGCUUGUUGUUAUUUCUGCCCAAGAGAAAUACUAGUUUUCCUUUCAUUUUUUUUUUUUUUGGAGCACACACGCAGUUCGAUUUUGGCGGCCGCGGUGAGCGCAUCUAGAGCUCGGCAGAUCGUUAAGAGGCUCGUUAGGCGGAAAAUGUUGUGUGGUCGUGCGUGGAUUUAUUUAUAGCAUUUGUGCUGAUUUUCAAGACUUUCUGCCCCCGAAAAACCAAAGCGAAUUUCCAAUUAACUGCACAUUAUAAAGAAAAAAAAAACGAAAGACAGAAUAAUAGGAAGAAUUUUGCUAGAUACUUGGAUAUAUAAGUGAAAACAUUGCUGGACUCAUAGACUUAUAUAACUAUGUAAUUGCUUUAGUCUGGCCAACAUGUCUAACAAAUUUCAACGCAGCUCUCCGCAAGUGCUGGGCGCAGGAGUGGGCGUGGACGCCUCGGUAGUCUCCUCAACGGCAAGCAAUCAGCCGCGGAAGCGCGUCAAACGAUGCUGCAGGAACUUUGUCACGUUCAUGUGCACCCAGGUGGGCGUGGGUGCCCUCAUCGUUUUCUAUGCCAUCUGCGGCGCAUUGGCCUUUAUGAACAUUGAGCGCGAGUAUGUGGACAAGACGGCGACAUAUGUCCUUGAGCUGCGGCAGAAUUACUCGCAGCGUCUCUGGAACAUCACCGAGGAGCUUAACCUGAUUGACAAGCCGCUUUGGGUGAACGAGACGAAUGCGGUGCUUCGUGAAUAUCAGGUGCAGAUAGCUGCCAUCAUUAAGAAUGGCUAUGUGGGACGUAGUCCGGCGCAAAUCUGGAGCUUCCCGGCAGCGUUAAUGUUCUGCCUGUCGGUGAUCACCAUGAUUGGCUAUGGGAACAUGGUGCCGCGUACGCCCUGGGGCAAGGGCUUCACUGUCAUCUAUGCCACAUUUGGCAUACCCCUCUAUAUACUCUACUUUCUCAAUAUGGGUCGCGUGCUGGCGCGUUCGUUUAAGUUUCUGUACCGCUCCAUGCACGACUGCACCCAGGAACGCAGCUACGAUGCUCGCCUAGAGGCGCUGGAGAACGGCAGUUCUCUUGGCGCCUUGACCCUGCGCAAAAAGAUAAUUGUGCCCUCAACGGCCUGUCUGUGGGUCAUCAUCUUCUAUGUGCUCACAGGCACCAUUAUGUUUGCCAACUGGGAGAAAUGGAGCUUUCUGAAUAGCUUCUAUUUCUGCAUGACAUCACUGUGUAAAAUCGGGUUCGGGGAUUUUGUGCCGGGCGCCUCACUAACGACAGCCGCCGAUGUGGAUGCAGCCACGCAUAAGCUGCGCGAAGACAUAUCCGCCGAUCCGAAUGAGGUGUCCGAGUUGCAGCGCAUUACCGAUCAACACUCCAAGCUGGCCAUUAACUUUAUAUAUAUGCUGCUGGGCAUGGGGCUGGUGGCCAUGUGCCGAAAUCUGAUGCGCGAGGAAGUUCGCGUCAAGCUCAAGGAGAUGAAGGAGGAUGCCAAGUUGUGUGUGGAGGAUACGCGUCUACGUUUUGUUGGCUGCUGUGGCGAUCCGCGUGACUUAUAUGAAAAUGAUUAUUACUAGGUGUGCGAGCGUGUGUAUGUGUGUCCGUGUGUGUGUGUGUGUGUGUGUGCUUGUGUGUUGAUGCGUGUGUUUGCAUUGUGCGUGCUAUGGUGGCUGUUCAGUGGGACGCUUGGAAUGAUCUCUGAUGACUCUCAUUCC